AUGGACUAUGACGAAGAGCUUAGAGAUACUUUGAAAAGUGACUUAUUUGGCUCCAAUUCAUCGCAUUUAAUGUUCAUGUCAGUCCUAAUUCUUUUAUCCUCGGGACUACACAUUUACUUAUCCAAUAUCGGAAAUUCAAUCGCCAAUUUCAUUUUAGGAUUUUUAACUAUUUUUUUCAUUUUCAAUCCUUCAGUGGUCUUGAUCAUUUCACUCAUGACUUACAGCAUAACUCUUUCAUCAACUUUAUGUCUAUUAUUGGUUAUAACAAUUAUUAAACAGAAAGUUUGGACUUCUCAUUUGAACCGGAAAAUCCAACUAUUUCUCUACCUUUAUGAUAUUCUCAUAUCAUUCGUUAUCUUUUCAAUACUCAAUAAAAUUUGGAGAUCGCCUUGUAAUAUGAGUAAUGACGUAUUACCUAAUUGGUAUUAUAAUGAGCUGGAAUUAAAUAAACAAAACAUUUGGAUGCCAUUCACUGGAGUUGGAAAUACUCUUUUCAAGCCAAAUGAUAAUUUUAAUAUUUAA